GCAAGCAAAACAAGAGACCUGCCUAGUAAUGGAGAACGAGGCUGCGGAGCUGCUACAGCAGCAGCAGAGCUACGAGGACGUUCGGAAAAGCGGGUAUCUCCGCAAGCAGAAAUCUAUGCACCGGCGAUUCUUCGUUUUGAGAGAAGCCACGGAACAGGGCCCUGCCCGUCUAGAAUAUUAUGAGAAUGAGAAGAAAUUCCAAAGCAAGUCACCUGUCCCGAAAAAAGCGCUGGAUCUGGAGACUUGCUUCAACAUCAACAAGCGGGCGGAUUCCAAGAACAAGCACAUGAUAGUGAUGUAUACCCGCGGGGAGAGCUUUGCCAUUGCAGCAGACAGUGAGGAGGUCCAGAAUGAAUGGUACCAGGCCAUGCUGGACCUUCAGUGGAAAUGUAAAAGCCCAGAGAAUUGUGGCAGUGGUGGGGAGUGUGGACUCCCCUCUCCUCCAGGCCCAGCUUUUAAGGAGGUAUGGCAGGUCAAGGUGUGGCCUAAAGGGCUUGGCCAGGCCAGAAACCUAGUGGGCAUCUACCGGCUGUGCCUGACCGACAAGACGGUCAACUUCGUCAAGCUCAACUCUGACAUGGCCACCGUGGUCCUACAGCUGAUGAAUGUGCGUCGCUGCGGCCACUCUGAGAACUUCUUCUUCAUCGAAGUGGGCCGCUCGGCCAUGACGGGGCCUGGGGAGUUCUGGAUGCAGGUGGAGGACUCGGUGGUGGCCCAGAACAUGCAUGAGACCCUGCUGGAGGCCAUGAAGGCUCUGAGCGAGGAGUUCCGCCAGCGCAGUAAGUCCCAGUCUGUGGGAGCUACAGCUGGAGGUGGCACCACCUCCAACCCCAUCAGUGUCCCCACCCGCCGCCACCACCCCAACCUACCCCCCAGCCAGGUGGGCUUUGGCAGACGAUCCCGGACCGAGACCCCUGGAGCAGGUGGGGCCAGCUGCACCAGCACUUCACCCACACCACGUAACGGAUUCCCCAGGGCGCGUACAGCCAGCAUCGGGGGAAGGAUGGAGGAGGGUGGAGGUGGACCCAGGGGGGCAUGGGCAAGUUCCAGUCCCAGCCUGAAUGGAUCCUGUUCCACUACACCCACCCUGAGACCCAAGCCCACCAGAGCUCCAACCCCAGCAAAGAUCACUCUCAGCCUGGCCCGCUACACCCCCAACCCAGCCCCCUCCCCAGCCCCAAGCCUCUCCUCCAGCUCUGGUCAUGGCUCAGAGUGUGGACUAGUUGGAGGGGCAAUGGGAAAUGUAGCCAUUUGCUCUUACACCCGUGUCCCUCAAAGAGUCUCUGUGUCGGGCCCUAGUGACUAUGGCUCCUCAGACGAGUAUGGCUCCAGCCCUGGAGAGCACUCCCUGCUUGUCCCCAGUCUGACAGGAGGGUCCCAUGGGGUGAUGGGACACCAUGCUCAUGGAGAGAGCUCUUCCAGCUACAUAGUGAUGGGCCAGAGAGAGAGCCUCCCUGGGUCCCAUCAGCGUCCUCAGGGCCGCAGGAUGCUGCGGCGCUCCUCCAGCAGGGAGUGUGAGGCAGAGCGCAGACUCCUCAGCAAGAGGGCCUCCCUGCCCCUGGCUGCCCACGAACGCCUGGCCCCUCGUAGGAAGGAGGAAGAGAAUGAGGACGAAGAGUACACUGUCAUGUCGCAGAGUAUUAGCAGGGAUGACUUUGUGUCACAACAUGGAUCAGGGGGCUCGGCAGCAGGGGGCUCGGCAGCAGGGGGCUCGGCAGUGGCAGUCGUGGUUGGGGAGACCCGGGCGAGGGCUGAUGGGGUCCGAGGAGAGGUGGGAGGAGGAGGAGGGGCACCAGUGGACAGUGGCUACAUGGCCAUGUUACCCGGAGUGACAGCUUCUCCUGUUUCCCUCUCUCUAUCUGUGGCUGUGUCUGACGUCGGUGCCAAACCUGGGGCUGAUGAUGAGUACAUGGCCAUGACUCCCAACAAUAGUGUGUCUCCCCCCCAGCACAUCUGCCUGCCUGCCUCAGAGGGCUACAUGGUCAUGUCCCCCAAUAGCAGCUGCUCCCCAGACUUGCAUGGAAUGGCCAUGUGGGGGAGCAGGGGCAGCAUGGAGAGCCGGGCUGGCAGUGACUACAUGAACAUGUCUCCUAUCAGCAUCCGCUCAGCUUGCAGCACACCCCCCUCCCAACCUGAACAGAACCAGUUACAACCCAAGACGGUCUACUCCUACUUCUCUCUGCCACGAUCCUACAAACACACACUCUCUACACGCUUCGAAGAUGACUUAGAUCAAGGGAAAAGAAAGGAGGGGGGUCAUCACGACCAUGACGGUCCUGGAAAUCGGGGUGGACAAGUGGGCUACAGCAAGAGGGACACAGCCACAGUUGGCCCUGCAGGAGGUUGUCAACUCUCCCUCUCCUCUUCCUCCUUCUCUUCCAGCUCAGCUAGCAGUGAGAGCCUGGAUGAUAGGCCCAAAUCAGUGGCAAAAGGGGGGCUACGACUAACAAGAACAGGGACAGGGUUCAGGAAUGGCGGGUUCGGGAAUGGGGGAGCACGCUUAAAGGACGGAUCCUACCAGCAAAAAUGUGCAUCGCAUGGCCCAGAGGGACAGCAGAUGAAGCCUCGUCCCCUCAGUGUGUCGGUGGACAUGUCUAAAGCUAACACUUUGCCAAGGGUUAAGGAGAAUCUCCUUCCCACAGUGCCUCAGAGCCCUGGGGAUUAUGUCAGCAUAGUGUUCAGGGGUGGUGACAUGGGGUGCAGGAGAAGAGACCAGUGGGGGCCAGAGCAUGCACUGUCAGUGACCCAUGGAACCCAGAGGCCCCUGGACCGUCCAGCCCUCUGCCACAGUGGCUCCACCAACCUCCCCCGCAGCUUCUCUGUACCUCUGGCCACCUCCGCUGCUUCUGCUGAGUACGUCAACAUGGACUUGGGGAUGGGGAACUCCCCUUGCCCAUCCCCCCGGAGCCCUGUUAAAUCACCUUUCAGCCUGCCCCCAGCCAUCGCCCCGAAGCCCAGAGUUUUGGCCCAUAGUAGGCCCUCUCCUAGGGCAGCAGAGGGCAAUGUAGGUGGGCAUAGGGCGGCAGUGCCAACAGACUUACCCACAUCAUAUACAGACUACACAGAGAUGGCCUUCAGCAUGGGUUCAGGGCCUAACCCUGCAUCGCCUGCCAUGCACGCUGCCCAAAGAUCAUCAAUGGAGCAGGAAACAGGCUUGGUCUUUCCCUCAGAAAAGUCCUAUUCAUCUCCUGCCCAGAAGCAAAGCAGCAGGCUGGCCAGAGACAGGGUUGACAGGGGCGACCAACUGGGACGGAGACGCCACCGCUCUGAGACCUUCAUCAUGACUCCUCCCUCUCUCCCCUUCCACCUAUCCUCCUCAGGCUCCUUGUUCUUGGAGAUUGCCCAGGCAGCAUCGCCUCAUCGGCACGGAGGGCUGGAGGGGGGUUCACCGUGGGAGAAUGCACAGGCAGCUAUGUCUCAAUGUGCCAUUCCUGCUGCACCCCCAGCCCAGGCUUCAUCCUCUGGGUCUGCUGAACAAGGCCUUAACUAUAUUGAUCUGGACCUGGCCAUUAAGGACAGCUCUCAGACUGGACUGGAGGGGGGAGCCACCGUCCCCCACAAUGUCUUCACAUCCGUCCACAGUGGGGUAGUUGGGGGAGGAAUGACUGGUUUGGGGAACAACCCUGGCUAUGCCAGUAUUGAUUUCUGCAAAUCAGAGGAGUUGAGAGCACAUCAUCAGAGCAGCAGGAAAGAUGUAAAAGCUCCUCCAUCCCUCCAACUCCCCCAUCCCUCUAGCUCCUCCAGCUCCUCCAUCCCCCAGCUCUUCCAUCCCUCCAGCUCCUCCAUCCUCCAGCUCCUCCAGCUCCUCCAUCCCUCCAGCUCCUCCAGCUCCUCCAGAUCCUCCAUCCCUCCAGCUCCUCCAUCCCUCCAGCUCCUCCAUCCCUCCAGCUCCUCCACCCUUGCAGCUGCAUUGAUUUGCUGA